AUGACCCCUGAGCCCUCGGAAGAGGCUGAAGCCACCAGCAGCCCCAUACAAGGCCCUCCCGAGGCCUCCUCAGGGAAUGAAGCUGACAGCGACUCUGUAGACAGCUUGCCUGAGGAGUCCCAAAGUCCAGAUCCCCUGCCUGCUGAUAUCCUGGCAGCAGACAUCACUGCAGGACCCACUCAACAGCAGGACAUAGAGCAGGCCAUUGUGGAGACAACCACCUCCACAGGGCAGGAUGGAGACCAGGCCUCCAUGCAAACAGCCACUUCCAUGGGGCAAAAUGGAGACCAGGCCUCUGUAGAGACAGUCACCUCGGUGGGGCAGGAUGAAGACCAGGCCUCUGCAGAGACAGCCACCUCCAUGGCCAUGUCAAUAUCUGGGGACAAAGAUGAGAGCCCAGAUGCUCCAAGUCAUACCCAAGAGAAUCCUGAAGAGAUCACAUUUCUGUUGGCCCAAGACCCAGGUACCCUGCAAGCAUUUGUGGGCUUCCAGAACCCAGUAUGGGACAGGCUGGCUGGAAACACAUGGACCAAUCGGAGCCAUACAGUUUCCUUAAGCAAUUCCCAGAACCAGAAUGACAUGCCACAAAAACCGAGUAAUCCCAAAGGGCAGCCAGAAACAGUUCCACCUGCUCCAAAUUCCAAGAUUCCAUCUGCCCCACCUGAGGAGAUCCAGCUCUCUGUGGAAGCUGCCGACCCAACCCCACCUUUCUUCAGCCCUCCAGCAGGCAACGCCCCUCCCUCUCCAGAUUCCUACCAGAUGUCCCUAGGUAGGAACCUUCUGGACAUCAACCUAUACAGGCCCAAUGUGGAGAAUGACUAUAGGUGCUCCAUGACUAGCCUGCUGGGUCGUGGCAAGGGCUCCAUCAGCUCACUGGCAGACAUCUUGGUGUGGUCGGACUCUGCCAUGGGCAUGGGCAUGGCUGUGGGCUUUCUGAUCUCAGGCCGUAGCUCUCCAGCAGACAUGCUACAAGACGAGGGGCCCAGCCUGCGCACUGUCGCCAGCCUUUUGGGCAGUGCCAGGUCAGCUCUCUCCUCUGGACUGGCAGCUGGAACUGGUUCUGCCUUGCGUUCAGUCACAUAUCUACUGGAGUCCAUGGAGAGACAAAUUUUGGGAGGUAUUCGUUCAUCUAUGCGCUACCUGACCAACCACUUCACUCCUUGCUGA